GUGUUCGGUUUCGUAUCAGCGUUACUUCUGUCGGGGUUCCCUUCGUUUGUUGUCAUAACGCGAGAGACUUUCAUCGAGAACGGACGUAUUUUUGUGUACGCCGAAACAAAUUGACAAUAUUGUUGGAAAAAUAUUCCGCUGAAAAUAUAUCGGAGACUAUAGAGCAUGGGCACUUAGCGGAUAAGCAUAAUAAAUACGUGUCGCAAUUUAGGCAGCGAAGUGAUACGAAAUUUCAAAAAAUAAGAAGAAGAAGAAGCAUACAAAAUCUGAAACGUGAUCUUGUAGCGCAGUGUAUCACAUAACCAAGCUGCUGGUCCAGAAAUUGCCUUUUGCGCGUGUAAUCGUCACUUAAACAGAAAUAGAAACGAGAACGUACAAAAUUUGUACAACAAUUAAAUAAAUGUGCGCGUGUUCAAAAUUUUGAAAACGCAACAACAAGUGGAAACACAACUACAACGGCAACAAGAACGGGAAGUGCUCGCGGCCGCUCAACAAGUGUAACAAAUAAGCGCACUGGGAUUAUCUAAUAAACCAAUAACAUAUAUAUGCAUAUAUAUAUAUAUAUAUACAAGAGUCGGGCUCGCACCUCCCCAAAUAAUAAUAAAACAGAUUAUAUACCAAAUAGGCAGCAUAAAUAUUAAAUUUAAGCCAGUCAAGUGUUUGAGAGCGUGUGAGUGUGUGUUGUGUGUGUCGUGUGUAUGAAUGUAUCUGCAUGUGUGUGUGUGAAACGAGCAACAGCAGCUACAACUACAACAACAACAGCAACAAUACGGCAACGUCAACAACACGCAAUUGCUGUGAGCGCGACGGAGACAGCAACAGCGUGAGUCAUAAAAGUGAAAUGAAAAUGCGGAUAAAGAGAGAAGCGCCGUGUCUACUGCUAUUUAUGCCAAUCCAAAAUAACAACAACAACAACAAUCGCAUUGGUGCUAAUCACAAGGACUAUCCCAACAACAAACGGUCCAGGGAAAAUCUGGCAUGUGACGAACAGCAGCUGACGGCGACGUCGACGUCAACGGCAGCAAUGAAUGUUGGCAGCAAUGGCGGCCGUACGCCGCCGCUCAUGCGCAGCUGCUCCAGUCCGGCGGUAUACGAUAUCGAAACACAUCCCGCCUCGCCAGUAUUCCCACAUCUGCUGCUGGGCAAUGGCCGCGAUGCGGACGAUCCCAGCAGCGUGGGCGCCAAUUGUGUCCUAAAUGUUACCUGCCAAAGUCCCAGCGAGAGUCAUCUGCAGGGCCUCAAGUAUAUGCAAAUACCUGCCAGCGAUACGCCCCAUCAAAAUAUUAAGCAAUAUUUUCAGGAGGCAUUCGAUUUCAUAGAGGAUGCACGCAAAACAGGUUCGCGCGUCUUGUUGCAUUGCCAUGCGGGCAUCUCGCGCAGCGCCACCAUCGCCAUUGCCUACGUCAUGCGGUACAAGUCGCUCUCGCUGCUGGAGGCCUACAAGCUGGUGAAAGUGGCCCGGCCCAUCAUUUCGCCCAAUCUGAACUUUAUGGGCCAGCUGCUCGAGCUGGAGCAGAGUCUGCGCAAGAGCGGCGUCCUGGCGCCGCUGCCCGUAACACCCGUUGCCAGCAGUCAAUCGCCGCAAGUACCGUUAGCGGCCACAACUAGUCAGCUCGUGGAGCAGCCCGAGCAGGAGGCGGCAGCUGCUGUGGCACAUCUGGCGCCAACGUCGCGCCCGCUGCACAGUAAAUCCAAAUCGGAUAGCGAGGCCAUGGAUGAGGAUGUCUAUGAUUAUGAUGAUGUGGAUAGCGGUGCCGGCAGCUUUGCCGGCAGCAAUUGCUCAUCGCGCCUAACCUCACCGCCCGUCACACCGGACGAGACGCCCUGCACUUCGGCAGCUGCGGCUGCCACCGAACUGGACUCACCCUGUUCCAAUAGCAGCAGCGGCAUCUACUCCAUGUCUGCGUCGCGGCCCUUUAGUGCGCCCAAUAGUUAUGCUGCUGCCACGCCCGCACCCGCCGCUACCACGGCAGCGCCGGCGCUGCUGUCGCCAUCGCGGCCGCUGGCGCUCUUCAAGCGUAACUCGCCCGUCAAGCUUAGGCUCAAUCUGGAGUCCAACUAUACGCCAAACAUACCAAAAUCCAUAUCCUGCAUAUCCAUACACAAUGCCAGCCUGCGCAGUCCGCUGCAGCGGGAGGCGCCAGCCACGCCCAGCUGCGAAGCGGCGCCCACUACGCCCGGCGACAACAACUGCAGCAGCAGCAGCAGCACAAGCAACAACAACAACCUGGUGGCAGCCACGUCGAGUGAUUGAUCCAUCAGGCGGAGGCGCCACCGCCGGCCCUUAGCUGUGAAUAAAAUAAAACUUAUGUGUACAUUUAAGUGAUGCGAAAUUUGAAUGUUUCUAUAGAGAACACUGGAUUGAUUGAAAGGAUAGAUUGAUUGAUUGAUUGAUCGCUUGAUUGAUCGAUCGAUUGAUUGACUGUUUGAUGUGAGCGUGUAUAUUUUGUACCUAAAUAUGUUUACCCAUCCAAAAUUGGGGCAAAAUUCAUUGAGCAUAAAACGGAAUAUAUAGUCUAAUUUGUAAUUUGUAAAUCUUUUGUAAUGUAUUUUAGAGCACAGCAAAAGAGAAAAACAAAAAAAAAAAAAAACAGAACGGAACGGAAAGAAAAGAAAGCAAGAAAAAUAGAAAACUUUAAACGAAAAGCAUCAACUUAUUAAAUCUUGUGCUGCUAUUAUAAAUUGUUUAAAAACCUCGUAAUGUUUAAUUUAGUAUAAUUUAUGAUAAGCCAAUCUUAACUAUACAUAUUAAAAAAAAAAAACAAAAAAAGAAACAGAAUAAUCAUAUGCAUAUAAAAAAAAAAAAAUAACAAUGAACUUUACAAUCGCACUGCAAAUAUUUCUGCUCACUUGCCACAGAACGAAAUACCCUGUACCGAAAAUUUACAAAUCCAAAUCAACAAUUAUAAAGAUGCGUACUAUCUACUAUAUUAUCAAAACUGUUCUAAGUUUUAUGCGACUUCUGUUCCCAGACACACACACACACACACACACACACACACACACAUACACUCAGUCACACUUUUGAAACUUAUUAUAUUACUUAUAUGUAUUGUAUAUUUUAACUUUUUAAAGUGAGCAAGCAACAUUGUUUGGUUUGUGUUUGUGUUUUACUAGUUUUAGUUAUUUAUAAAAACAGAUGAUCGAGAGAGAGAGAGAGAGAGAGAGGGAGCGAGAGAGUUGUAUGCAAUCUGAAUUCAUUUGGUUUAGUUUUUAAGCAUAUUUUAAUUUAAGGCUCUACACCCAAAAAGUGUAACACGUUAAGUAAAUAGAAAACAUAAACAAGUAACCAAAAAAAUA